AAUAAGUAUUUAAGGACGCUGUAACAUUGCACUUGGUGGCGUUGAUGGAGGAAUGAACUUGAACUCACAGCAGUGAGAUCUUGUGUUUCACUCGCGUACACGCAGCGCCCUCUGGAGCUCAACAGCUGACUCAGUUUCGGAUUACUAGCCGUGCAGCUGAGUGUAGGAACAACAAAAACAUGUCCGAGUACGAGAGGCUGAACCGUUAACUAGCAACAGCCACCUGCAGUCAACCUAGACAAGUCGUUUAUUCGACCGACUGCUAUAUGAUUCCCGUCGUGACAACGGCCGACAACCCAGAAAGAUGCCGCAGAAAGCACUGGGAUCCAUUGUAGGUCUUCUUUGUACCGGGACCUGUCUGGUGCAGGGGAAGGAGUUCUGUUUUGGGGUAAACAAUGAACAGUACCGCUGUGAGAUGGGGUACUGCUGUGGAGAGACAGAAUGCUGCACCUACUACUACGAGCUUUGGUGGUUCUGGUUGGUAUGGACCCUAAUCAUCAUGCUUAGCUGCUGCUGUGCCUACCGACACCGGAGGGUUAAGAUGCGUCUUCAACAGGAGCAACGCCAACGUGAGAUCAGCCUCAUGGCCUACCAGGGAGCCUCCAGCUCCUUCAUUUCGCCUCCACCGCUCAAUCUAAGGUUCUGGAACGACUGCAAGCUUCCCGACUAUGAAGAGGUGGUAGGUCACCCCCCGACACCCCCUCCCCCUUACUCUGAAAACCCCCCUGAGACUCAAGCACCCCUUCCACAAGUGAGCCAGCCAGACGCUGCCACCGUGCCACAGCCGCUGGCUGAGGCAGACCCGAGUUUGAACAGUCAAGCCUCAGGCUCAUCUUCGGACCAGGAAGAAGCGUCGAUGCCCAUCCAAGCUCAGUGUCUGGCGGAGGAGAACGCACAGGCUCCAUUGAUGGCGGCGGAGGAAGAGGAGGACGAGGAGCUCGUCACCCGGCGUCGCCACGUGACCGGCGACUCUGGGAUCGAAGUGUGCGUUUGCCAGCUGGACGUGGACGAGGGCUCGGGGCUCGAGGAGGAGAGCGACGAGGAGCAGCGGAUGUGCAAGGUCCCCGCUCGGGAUUGCUGCUCUGGGCACCAGCAGCAGACCUUCAGACAGAAGGAACGCACCUCUGAGCUGCCUAGCCAGACCGCCAGCACCAGCACUGGGGACCACAUGGUGUGAUCCACAGCUUAACUAACCAGCCAACCAGUGUGGCUUUCUGCUUCCCACAGGGUGAUACGAAGAUAGCUGUUGUCGUCAUCAUCAUCAUCACCACAGAGAGUGUCUGUGUUUUAUUUCUUUGAAUUAACACACAGGCACGACGUUAAGAUGAUGAUGAUAACUAAUCCUUAAUGGCUCCUGAUUAGGAACGAUGACUAACGCAUUGUUUGGACAAAACUCCAUUUUAUUAUUUUGCUUUGCUUUUCCUUAGCGGGGAAACCAGCAAACACAUGUUGACGCUCCAUUUGGUAUGUUUUGUUUUUCUUUUUCGCAUUAGGUGGGAGAACAUAAUUGGGUAGUGAGAAGGCAGCAAUUGAUUGUGAGUGAAAAUGUUUCCCUCGCUCCUACCUUCUCCUCGAGCACUGCCAUCAUGUUUCCGUUUCUGUCUUGCCACUCUCCUUCGGUCGGAACAUUUCCGGCCAUCCUUCCAUCUGACAUUUUACCUCUGGUGGGAUGGUGAGCUAGGAGCAUACCGACACGGUCAACAACAUUUCUCCCCCCUGUCCCCGCUAUGACUAAGCAGAGGAGUCAAAAACAAACCUCUUGAAAACUUAGGAUGAUACUGGAUGAAUCGACAAGAGCACACAUUUAGUUUUUUUUUCUUCUUUUUUUCUUUUCUCUCCCCAAAAGCUGUGUGUGAGUUUAUGUGUGUGUGUGCUGUGAAAUCUAGGGCACAGCUGCAUGGUGAUGUCAGCUCUGAGGUCAUGGCAACCAGCGUCUGGUGUCCUCUGGUGUGAAGUCUUUUCGCAUCUAGAGUAGGCGGGGGGGGGUAUAAACCCACAAAUAGCAGAGGAGACAGGAAUGAGUUGCGUUGUUCCGUCUCCCUCCCCCGGCCUUUUCUUCUUCUCCUUUUUGAUAUCCAUAUUGUGGUCUCCACAGCUCUGUGGUUACCUAUCAGCAUGACUGUAGGUAAGGAAUGACCAGCGUUUAAUGCUGAUUUAUUGAUUGUGUGAUCUUCCCACUUCAGUUCCCGACUGCAUUGAAUUCAUAGUAAUAGCCAAGAAGGCUAUGCCACCGAUUAUUAUAUAUUUUUUGUUAAUCAGUAAAAAGCCUUGUGGUGGCUCUGUGUUAGCGUGUUUUACUUACUGUGUAAUGUCGGAGCGAGUAGUCGCAGCAUUUGGCUCAUUCUACACAUAAGUAUAGAGUUCAUGGAUGUUCAUAACGAAGGAUGUACUUGCUUUUUUUUUUUCAUAACCAAGUAUGCUUCAGUAAAUGCCACAGAUGUCACUUAAUUGCAACAAAGCUCCCAGUGGGGGGGCUGCUAGAAUGUGUUCUAGUGAGUGGAUGUUACAGUGCAGUAGGGAAGGUGUGUGUGUGUGUAUCUUUAAAGUGCUGUAGCAUCUGGUUGAAAUACUUAUUCAGCACUGAGGUGGAUUAACUAUUAAAAAGCACUGGUAUUAUGCAUGAAGCAUGAAUUUCUGUGAUUAUAUUUGAGUUCAUUAGCAUUUCCUAUAGCAGUCGCUUUGCUCAUCUUGUCUGUCAGAGUGAUCGCGGGCUACAGCGGCUACACAACUGUGCACACAGAUGUUCGGGUUAACGAAUUGGCCUGAGUUAAGAGUUGUUUUUUUUUUUAGACGAUGGAUGUAGUUUCAUUGUUUUGUUUAUGACUAGGUGAGCCAGCGCUGGUAGCUAGUUAGUCGGCGCUGUCUUGGAUUUCUGUGGCCCCCGUAGCUCUUAGCAGUGUGAGGGAUCUGUAGUGGUAUUUUCCAUUGGCAGCAGACGACGGGUGCGUUAGCAACCUGAGGUGGAUGCAGGCUCCUCUCUGCGGUCCAGUCAGUGUUGGCACAGCUGCAGUAUCUAUUGUGAUUGACUGCAUGCCUCUCUGCAUGUCAUGUCGCUUGCUUGCCCAAUAUACUGUACAGUAUGUAUUCAAUGCAUAGCAGUUAUAGUGGGUGUUGUCAGAUAGGAGAACCACUGCGAAACAAAAUUGUUACUUGUUACAAGUCCGUGCGAGACGAGCGGGAACUGAUAAGUCAGUAAAUGUCUCGCUGAUAAUUUAGUUUGGAUGUUCAGCAGCUUUUCUUUGGUUUGUUGUCUGUCUGCUCUGAUAGCGUGUGUCCAAAUGGGCACAGUGUAAAGACUCGGGUCAGUCAUUCGCAGUCUGCUUCACACGCUCACAAAGUACUGCUCCAGAUUGGCACCUAACAUUAUCAUGAUGCGACACAGUGCAAUAUUUUGUUCUAGAUAAACACCAUUCAAGGUAACCAUGUCCUAAAUACAGUAUCCUGGAUGAAUUGGCAGUUAUCACUCGACAGACAUCGCAUAUUGUGACUUAAAUAUAGCUAUUAAACAUAUGUUACCAGCUGGCAAAGUGGCAAGUAAAUGUUAACAUUUCAUGCUUGAUGGAUAUAUUUAUUCAGGCACUUACAUUUCUGGCACUGAUAGAGCAGCCAAGGAUACAUUAGGAAGUUCUUGCCAUCUUAACAGGACAUGACACUGGGUUUCGUCUUCCCUCCCAACUCUCGGCUAUGUUUGAGUUGAGCUACGCUGCAUGCUAUUGUGGCCAGUGUAUUGAAAACAACACAAGAGGCUCCAGUGUGCCAAAAAUAUCAACGCAGAGUGAAACAAAAUGAAUACACAGCUGCCUAAUGUUUCCGUUGAAAGAAUAUUUACGUUUCAUGUCCGUUAAAUAGCCCUAAGGAAACAUGCCGCGGGCCAGUUUUUACAGCAGCAGUGAAAGCUUUGCAGUUCUUGUGUCGCGUAGUGGAGCAGGUGUUUUAAAUAUGAAGCCAAAAUAACAUGACAAUGACCUUUUCAGAAGAGCUGUUACACUGUGAGCAUGACUGCACACCCAUUAGCACAAGUGAUAUAAGACAUUUCUUUGACCAACACACCUCAAGCUGCCUUGCUGCAUCUCUAGAGAGCAAAUGUCUUGAUUAUAGAGCUGCACAAUAAAAUAUCGCCUCCGUAUGCAGAAACAUAUGUGCUACUGCCUUAUUAGAGUAGAUGUAGUCGCGCAGUUCUGUUGGGGAUUUUUCUUAUUUGAAUGGUAAUGUUUGUGUUGUUCCAGGCAUGAUAGCUUCAGAGCAGAGGGGUGCUUUUAUUCAAUAGGAAACGGCACCCGAGUCUCUUCCACUCGCUUUUUGAGAAGAGGAUGUGGUUUGAAAACAUUAUAAAGCCACAAGAUUUAUACUGUCACAUGUUCUGUAGAGUUUUACUUGCAUUGGUUUUGUAUCCGAGGGGUAGAGCAUGAGUUGAAUUUAAAAAUACUGUGUGUCUAGUUUAGUCGAUGGAAUUUGUCAAAACCAGAUUUUUGAGUUUCAUUCUGUUUUUGUUCCACGGAUCUGGUCAUGAUUAAGUUUGUGAUAUGAGCUGACUCGUGAGGAAAAGUGUGAGGAAUAUGAGGAAAUAAAACAGCAACUAUAUAUUCUUAUUUUUGUUUUCCAUUGUUUUCUGAUUCAUUCUGUUUGCGUUUCGAGGACAAACGUCAACUCCGACAAGAGGUCGCUUUGCGAUCUUCUUGCUAAGGUGCAUUUUUUUUUUUUUUUUUUUUGCUUAUUUGUAUACAUGUAAACAAAAUAAUAAGGGGAAGAGGGAGGGGAGAAACGGAUAGGGGUACUUUUGUGCAUGAGUGAACUGGAGGUCCAUAGUUUUCUCAUUGCCAAACAACUACUAUGCCUCCCUGGAUUUCACAUGUUUACUGAGAUUAAGGGCUAUAUCAGUCAUCAGUUGUGGGCAAACGUCCAUUCAAUCCAUUUAUCCAUUUCGUGCUCUGUGCUGUUUUUAUUUAAAGCCACAGUUGCCGAGGUCCACUAUCUGAACAUGGUCAGACAUCUGCAAUGUGAACAUGGUCAGUGUUUGGAUUUAGGAUGUCCUGUUUUCAAUGUUGUGGUGGAGCUCAUCUUUAACAAUAGCUGAUUGUAUAUGACCAUAUAUAUGUUUGUUUUAUAGGCUUUAACUUUGCCUUUUUUUUUGUCAACCUCAACGGAGGUGCGUGAUGCGACACCCCCUCCCCACCCUCACCCCUACCCCGCCGAAUGAGAACCAUUCUCCUACUAAUGUAACCAGCUGCGUGUGUGUGUGUGUGUGUAUGUGUGUGUGUGUGUGUGUAUGUGGUUGCGACAGAAGUUUUCACUUUGCUCCGUUGGCUCUCUUGUGGACUGUUGACUCCACCUUUCACCAAGCUCCGUCUAGUCAACAGAAGUCGUAGCCGACGUCGUAGCCGUUUUUUUUUUUUUUUUUUUUUUUUGGGCUCUGCAUGUGGAAACAGAAGGGCACGCCCGCCCAUGCUGAAGUGUCGACGGAAUGAUCAACCAAAGUCGCUGCCAUCUCCAUGCAGAUCAUCACUGUUUUCACUGGAUUGCGUGUGUGUGUGUGUAUGUAGUUGUCAUGGCGAUGGUCUGUUUGGUUUCCCACUCUCAGGGUUAUCUUUAACAAGCAGUGCUAGAGUUUAACACAUUUUUGACCCACUAAUCUCAUAAAGCCAAAGCAGUCGUUUCAUGAUAAUUGUCUCCCCGUUGUCGUCUGAUGUUACUUCUGCAUCACGCAUCUCUGUCGUGUGUAUUGUACUUUACUCAACUGGGCUAUGCAAAAACAUAAACCUACUGUUAUAUGCUGCGACCCCUUUCUCACGUUUCUCUGUCAUUUGUCUGUGGGCACCAGUACAAGCAAUAUAACUCUCAGUACAUGUGUCACUGCACUGUACUGUAAUUUUACUUUGGUUGAUCUGUGUACAUGUAUUUGUUAAAGAAAACUUGUAAAAAACAAACAAAAAAACAAACAUGUUAUGCUCCUACAAUGAUGUGGUGAGUUUGAUUCAGUGUCCGAUGAGAGGCUUGAGUUAAAAAGCCAUUCUAGUUUAUAUAUUUUUUCCUGUUUUUUUGGGGGGCGUUUUCCUGCCUGCCUCCUGAACCACUAACACCUUCUACUUCCGACUUAUGGAUAAACCACAUUAUUAAGUUGUAUAAGCCGAAUGGAAAAAAGUUCAAUAUGUUGUUGAUUAAUUCAUAUUUGAUAUCUUUGGACUGCCACUUUGUCAUCCUUCAUUUCUGUUGCACUAAUUUGAUUCGUUUUGUUUUUUUCUCAGUUUAAGCAACAUCUUCCUUCUUUUUCCAUCAUGAUGGUUUUUCACCGACUCAAUAUUUAACCGUUGCCUUCUAAUCCUCAGUUACUAUACCAUCAACUUUCAAAAUUUUUAUAUAUUAUACACAUGAAAGACCUCAACAUGGAACACAGUCAGCCUACAUUAAACCAGGACACAUUAGUGGAGCCCUCAAAACUUUUUUUUUUUUCCCCUCAGCCAUCGAUAAUACCAAACAGAUGGAGGUGCCAUGGUUGAGCUAUGUGGAUUUUCUUUUUUUUUUCUUUUUUUUUGAUGAGAAACACCUUAGUUUGAGCAUCAAUCAUACAAAAACAAACCACUCUUUCUACAUUUUUGUUCCUAAUAACUUUAAACAAGCCAAAAUGAGUAAAGUGUAAAAAAAAAAAGAGAAAAAAAUUAAAGCACUGAAUGAUAAAUAAAAUGCUUUGGUUUUAGUAAGAAGUCUGCUGUGUACUUGUUGGGUCAUCAUUUGUAUUUUAUU